AUGCCUAACCUGCCAGCCCUGAUUUUCAUCCCAGGCUCUUGGCAUAAGCCGUCAUGUUACGACAAGAUCACUUCGAUUUUGCAGAAGGGAUACAGACUGAAAUGUCUCUCGGUCACCCUUCCUUCCACAUCCGGAAAUCCUACUGCUACCUUUAGGGACGAUGUCGACGCCGCUCGUUGUGUCAUCUCCAGCGAAAUAGUUCAAGGAAAUGAUGUUGUGGUUAUUGCUCACUCAUAUGGCGGCAUGGUGGGAAACAGCGCUAUUAAAGCAUUUGCCCACCCACGAGAUGUCGCUAUGGAUGCCUCUAGCGCGACGCCCACUUUGACAAUUUCUCACCAAGAAGAACCCAAAAAGAUUGGUCGCAUUGUUGGGCUCAUUCUGAUAGCUUCUGGAUUCACCUUAACCGGACUCUCUUUCAUGGAUCCCUUCUUUGGGCACCCACCCCCCUCCUGGCGGGUCAAUGCCACAACUGGAUAUGCAGAGAUUGUCGCUGAUCCUCGGGAGCUCUUUUACCACGACCUGCCUUCAGAAGAAGCACAGUAUUGGGUCUCACAGCUCACCACUCAAAGUUUGAAGGCGUUGUUUGAAGGUGGCGAAUACGCAUUUGCCGGAUGGCAGGAUGUGCCAGUUUGGUAUCUCGGUACGGUCGAAGAUCGAGGACUGCCGGUGGUUGUACAGCGAAUGCAAGUCGGUAUGGCUAGAGAGAUGGGUGGAAAGGUGGAGCAUAGAGAACUUCAGACGAGCCAUUCGCCGUUCUUGAGUCAACCGGAAGAAACGGCCGAUUUUGUGGUGGAAGCUGUGGAGGCAUUCACGGGAAAAUCAAUCAUGUCCAAAAACAAAGAUGGAACCAAAGUUGAAAAGAUCACCUUGCCAAUGGCCAGACUUUUUCAGCCUUUGACAUGGUUUCGAUUUGGCUUGCCAUUGAUUUUCGGACGAAUUCUUGGGAGAUCGAUUCUUGUCUUCACCUGGGGACAAAGGCUGUGGAGGUCGAAGUAA